AUGCCAGCCACUAUUAUGAUUCCGGCGAGAAACAUGCCCUCGAUGCUUGGAAGAAACAACAACGUUGUUGGCGGGUUUGGAUCAUCCUCUGGUCUAUCUCUUGGUCAGGUCGAUAUGUUCCAGCCAAAUUUGAUGGAAGGUGGUCAGCUUCUUCCACUGGACAUGGCUCCAAACACUUCGGAGAGUGAUGUCCCUAGAAUCCGUGAAGAUGAGUUCGACAGUGCUACUAAGUCUGGAAGUGAAAACCAAGAAGGUGCUUCUGGUGAAGACCAAGAACCUCGCCCCAAAAAGAAGCGUUACCAUCGUCACACCCAGCACCAGAUCCAGGAAAUGGAAGCUUUCUUCAAGGAGUGUCCCCACCCAGACGACAAGCAAAGGAGGGAACUGAGCCAGGAGUUAGGGUUAGAGCCAUUGCAGGUCAAGUUUUGGUUCCAAAACAAGCGCACUCAGAUGAAGACUCAACAUGAACGCCACGAGAACACACAGCUUAGAAACGACAAUGAAAAGCUUCGAACGGAUAACAUGAGGUAUAGGGAAGCUCUUAGCAAUGCUUCAUGUCCUAAUUGUGGUGGACCAACUGCUAUCGGUGAAAUGUCAUUUGAUGAACAUCACUUGAGGAUUGAAAAUGCUAGGCUAAGAGAAGAGAUUGAUAGGAUUUCAGCAAUUGCUGCCAAGUACGUAGGCAACAAGCCUGUGGUGAAUUAUUCAAACAUCUCAUCUUCUCUCCCUCCUCGUCCAUUGGAACUUGGUGUUGGUGCUGGUUUUGGUGUCCAACAAGGGAUUGGUGUGGAUAUGUAUGGUGCUGGAGAUAUUUUGAGGUCAAUUAGUGGACCUAGUGAAGCUGAUAAACCAAUAAUAAUAGAGCUUGCUGUAGCAGCUAUGGAAGAGCUCAUUGGGAUGGCACAAAUGGGUGAACCUCUUUGGUUAACAACCCUUGAUGGCACUGCCACAAUGCUAAAUGAGGAUGAAUAUAUCAGGUCUUUUCCUCGAGGAAUUGGCCCAAAACCUGCUGGCUUCAGAUGUGAAGCUUCACGAGAAACUGCUGUUGUUAUCAUGAAUCAUGUCAACCUCGUUGAGAUUCUCAUGGAUGUGAACCAAUGGUCUACAGUGUUCUCUGGUAUUGUCUCAAGAGCCAUGACUUUGGAAGUGCUAUCUACAGGAGUGGCGGGGAACUACAAUGGUGCUUUGCAAGUGAUGACGACAGAAUUACAAGUACCUACACCUCUAGUGCCAACUCGUGAGAGUUAUUUUGUAAGGUACUGUAAACAACAUACAGAUGGGACUUGGGCAGUUGUGGAUGUGUCCUUGGAUAAUUUGCGCCCUAGUCCUUCAGUGAGAUGUAGAAGAAGGCCUUCUGGUUGCUUAAUUCAAGAAUUGCCAAAUGGCUAUUCAAAGGUGACAUGGGUUGAGCAUGUGGAAGUGGAUGAUAGAGGUGUUCAUAAUCUUUACAAGCAGCUUGUUAGCACUGGACAUGCAUUUGGUGCAAAACGUUGGGUUGGAACCUUAGAUCGACAAUGUGAAAGGCUAGCUAGCGCCAUGGCAACAAACAUUCCCACUGUAGAUGUUGGAGUGAUAACAAACCAAGAAGGGAGGAAGAGUAUGUUGAAACUGGCUGAGAGAAUGGUUAUAAGCUUUUGUGCUGGAGUGAGUGCUUCAACUGCACAUACAUGGACAACACUUUCUGGAACCGGAGCUGAUGAUGUUAGGGUCAUGACACGAAAGAGUGUAGAUGACCCUGGAAGACCUCCUGGUAUUGUUCUCAGUGCUGCAACUUCUUUUUGGCUCCCAGUUUCACCUAAACGAGUUUUUGACUUCCUACGUGAUGAGAAUUCCAGAAGUGAGUGGGAUAUUCUUUCCAAUGGUGGAGUUGUCCAAGAAAUGGCACACAUUGCAAAUGGACGAGAAACUGGAAAUUGUGUGUCUCUACUUAGAGUAAAUAGUGCCAAUUCAAGCCAGAGCAACAUGUUGAUAUUACAAGAGAGUUGCACCGAUUCAACAGGCUCUUUUGUCAUUUAUGCUCCAGUAGACAUUGCUGCUAUGAAUAUUGUUCUAAAUGGAGGUGACCCUGACUAUGUUGCCCUUCUUCCUUCUGGGUUUGCUAUUCUCCCUGAUGGAACCACACCUCAUGGAAGUGGCAUUGUUGAAACUGCUUCUGGUGGAUCUCUCUUAACUGUUGCAUUUCAAAUAUUGGUUGAUUCAGUUCCAACUGCUAAGCUUUCUCUUGGAUCUGUUGCUACUGUUAAUAACCUUAUUGCCUGCACUGUUGAGAGAAUCAAAGCUUCCUUAACCGGUGAAGCUGCUUGA